CUUUAACUAUGUAAAUAUUGUACCAUAGAAUGAGUUUUAAAUAACAUCUGUAGCGUAAUAAAUAAAUAUUUUGCACAAAAUAAUUAUACAUAAAAUUUCUACGUAAUCCAUUUUCGUAGUAGAUUUUUAUAGUUAAUCUUUUCAUUUCUUUUCCAUCAGUCUUUAGUUGAUAUUAAAAAAAAAAGCGAUUUCUUUUUCUUUGCAAUAAAAUAAAUUAAUCGUAUAUAUUAUAAAUAUUGCAAGUUAAGUUCAUAAUUAUAUGGGAUGUCACGGAUAACAGUGGUAAUCGGCAACAAGACCAUCGAGACAGGUGGCCUACCAUGUGCAUCUUUCAAUAAGAUCGUGAACACUAAACUCAACCCGGUAUAGUAGUGCUCACGUUGCAGUGUCUCUCGACCAUCGUGGUGAACAACAUCACGGUCGGUGCGUGCAGUCUCAAUGCCGCUUUCGCGAUGCACGCUUCCGGCCAACCCAACGUAGUAAUGCUACGUCUCAAAGAACUCGUCGCUGAGAAACAAGAUUUUUAGUUGAAACUGGCGAAUAUCGUGGAGAAUCAUCUGCGAGCUUUGAGGUAAUACAAAUUUUAAAACAUUGCGUACGAAUCAAUUUUAAUUAUCUAUAAAAAGUUAUACGGUAAUGUUUUAUAAAAUUUUAUUGAUUAUUAAAUGAUCUUAUUUGAAACUAAUUUUGCGUGAAACGCAAUUUUUGUUAUAUGAAGUGCCAGUAAACUAUAACACAUGAGAAAAAAUAUUUUAUAACGUUUCUUUUUUUAAAUAUGACAUAUUUGCAGAAUAGAAACUAUCGCAGUAAGAUAUUUGAAUAAAAAUAUUGAGUGUCUUUAAUGGCGCGGUUAAUGCUGUCGAUUACAGAUUUCUUUCACAUUUGGAAGUUAUGAUGCGUCAAAUAUGUUUUGUGGAAUUAGUCGGAUGUACAUUCAAUUUAUGUAUGCUGGGAUAUUACACAAUUUCGGUAUGCUAAAAAUUUAAUACAGGUGAAUAUGUAACAGGUUGUGCAUCGCUAAUUCUUAUUCUGAUUUUAAAUGCUAUCAGUUUACAUGUUCUUCCAGGAAUGGCAUCAAGAGAGCAUAAACACUAUAAUAACAUAUGGUGCUGACAUCGAUGCUGUUUAAUAUCUUCAUAUUUUGUUUCAUUAGUGAACUCGUAACAGAUCAGGUAAAAUUUUUAAUUAAAAAUCUUUUAUUUCAAAAAUUUUCAUGUAAUCAAUUUUUCUAUAAUUAAAAUAUUUACCUUUGAUUCAAUUUCACGAUAGUGUAAAAAAGUUGGCAAAGCAGCUUAUAUGACAAAUUGGUAUUUAUUGCCAUAUAAAACUUAGUUUAAUUUUAAUAAUCUUACAAUCAAGAAUUGUUAUCAAAAUUAUGGUUGGAAAAAUAUUUUACAUGUCUAUCCAGACUUUCGGUGCUGUGAGUAUUACGAAAAUGAUAUAUAAAUACUGUUCCUAGGAACAAAAUAAAUUUUGAAAUAUUUAGAAUUGUUAAAAUUACGCAAGUGCAACCCUUUGUAGUAUAAAUGCACUUUAAAUGUAUAAAAUAAACAGAUUAUUAACGUACAAUUAUUAAACGUUUUAGGUAAUUAAAACAUACUUGAAUAUGCUUCAAACUUUGACUGUGUAAAUAUUGUAUGAUAAAAAACGAGUAUAUUUGUAAUAUUCUCUAUUAAGAUAAUAUGAAAUAUGUAAAAUUUCUCAUAUAUAAAUAAUUUUAUGUAUAACACUGAAAACAUUAUUUUUUUAAAUAAUCUAAAUAUUUAAUAUACAUAUUGUGAUUGACGAUAUAAAAUCUGUAUCACAACUAUAUUUAUUAUAAAAACAGCAAAAAUCACAAAUUCAUUAAAAUCAUUGGAAAUUUUUUGCUUAAAAAUUGACAAAGAAAAAAUUAACUUUUUCUAUUUGACCGACGAAACAAGAUUAUUAUAUAAUAUUUUUCAAAAUCGCUAGACGACAUCAAAAACUUAAAGCUAUAAGCUAAAUUUGGAUACUUUAAAUUUAAUUAAAUAUAAAUUUCAUUCAGAGGAGUGAUCGAGCUGAUGACUCAUAUAUAUAAUUAGCUUCUGUAUUAUAUUAUAUAUAUAAUAUUUUAUAUACGCAAUAUUUUAUAAUACUUCAAGAAAAAAAAUUUUUCAAAAAAAGAAUGAAAAAGAUCACAAUCUUUAAUGGAUUACUCUUAUGGAAGAUAUUUGUAUGGGAGAAUGUAAGUCUUACAUUUCUUAUCCAUAUAAUUCAUGAAACAGUGACCAAUAUAUCAUAGAGGUAAAUCUCCUUUUCACGACAUUCAAUAAGACUAUAAAAUGCACCCUUCAAACGGUAACGGCUAAACAGUAAUCCAUUCAACAAAAGAUCACUUACUUUCAUAUAUUGUUUUUUAUUAACUUAAACCUUAGAUACUCUCUUAUGAUAACUUGAAUUAAAUUUCACUUGUAUUUUGUCUCAAGAGCAUUUUAGAUAUGGAAUUCCUAGUAAAGAAAAUCAAGUUAAGCAUACGCUCUGCCCGCGUAUAUAGAAUAAAAGACAUAUCUUCUAACGUAAAGAACUAUAUUUCACGAAUGAAGAAUUUAUUAUGUUUUCUCGUAUAAACGUGACUUAUAACUGACAGUACUUGUUCUAUCAUUUUCUACUUUCUGCUCGUAUACCGCACAUUACGCUAAACUUCUAUGCAACAAGUUGCGAUACCGUGAAUAUCGAUUAUGCAGUCAGCCGACACAGCACAUAUCUUUUCCCAGGAAUAAGCCAUAGGUCUGCGCAGGCGCUCCCAUAACUACUGCUUGUCAUCGAGACGCAGUCAGUAGUAAAGACUAGUAUUUGAUGCGCUCACCGCGGAUCAAGCAAUGCGUUCCUACCACGAAUCCAAGAUAGACGUUUACAAACAAAAUAACAAUUAUAGUCUUCAAUGGACUCGUUGGAUUUUAAAGCCGAUAGGUGUUUGGCCAGAAUUAUCAACGAGCUCGGCAAUCGAGAAAAUUUUAUCAAAAAUUUUGAGAUUAACGUGUCACACUUUAAUAGCUCUCACUCUGAUACCAUCUAUAUUAUAUAUUAUUUUUGAAGAGAAGGACAGCCAAUUAAAACUGAAGGCCUUAGGGCCUACAAGCCAUUGGCUCAUGGGUGGUAUAAAUUAUUGCUCACUGUUGUAUCAAAAAGAUCAAAUACGUAAAUCUAUCAAACACAUAGAGACCGAUUGGCGAAUGGCGAAAAGACAGUGCGAUCAAGAAAUGAUGCUGAAGAACGCGAGAGCGGGACGCAUUAUAGCGGGCGUUUGCGUGCUGUUUAUGCAGGGUGGUGUUUUUACUUUCAAUGUGGCAAGGGGAACAUCAUCUAUACUCGUAGCGAUGGGCAACGAAACAGUCGCGAUGGGUCGCCUACCGUGUCCGUCUUUCAACAAAAUCGUGGAUACCAGGUUUACCCCGGUUUUCGAGAUAGUGUUCACGCUUCAGUUGCUUUCCGCCCUCGUGGUGAACAAUACCACAGUGGGUGCGUGCGGUCUGGCCGCAGUAUUCGCGAUGCACGCAUGCGGUCAGCUCAGUGUAGUGAUAUCGCGAUUCGAAGAACUCGUUGAGGAAAAACAACACGACGUUAUUGAGAAAAAGCUGGCAAAUCUCGUUGAGCAUCAUCUACGAACAUUAAGGUUCCUUUCGCGCAUGGAGAUAAUUAUGCGUCAAGUGUGUUUCGUAGAAUUAACUGGAUGUACAUUCAACUUAUGUAUGCUAGGAUAUUACGCCAUUACGCAAUGGCACGAAGAAACUACAAACACUAUAAUAGCGUACUUUGUUUUAUUUAUAUCAAUGACGUUUAACAUUUUCAUAUUUUGCUACAUUGGUGAUCUCGUUACGGAACAGUGUAGAAAAGUUGGAGAAGCAGUUUAUAUGACAAAUUGGUAUCAGUUGCCGCAACAAACUAUGCUUAGCCUGAUUUUAAUAAUUUUACGAUCAAGUAUAGUCAUCAAAAUGACUGCGGGAAAAAUAGUUCACAUGUCAAUCUCAACUUUCGGUGAUGUAAGUGAAAAAACAAAAUGCUUACAUAUUACAUUACAAGUUAUAUCCAAAUUUUAAAGUUUUUUAAUUAAUCUAGGUAAUGAAAACUUCUGUAACGUACUUAAAUAUGCUUAGAACUUUAACUAUGUAAAUAUUGUACCAUAGAAAGAGUUUUAAAUAACAUUUGUAGCGUAAUAAAUAAAUAUUUUGCACACAA